UCAUGGCGAGCACACCAUGCUAGGAGUUAUCAUCUAACUAUCAACUGAAGUUUGAUAACCCGUUACAAGACGUGAUAAUUAGCUUGUAGUUUGCGGAAAAUAUGUUAACGUCCGUCGCUUGUUCCUGUAUUCGAAGCGGGAGGAAAGUCUCGGUCCCUGUUGCUAAGUUGUCCCUGUUGUCAACGGUUAGGAACACACACAGAACCCUUAUUCCGGGGGUACAGGAUUUAUCACGACAUCGGUCAUCAAGGCUCCUCACACCGACUUCAUGGCAAUUGCAGAGGGGGCUAACCGCCAGAUCUGUGUCGCUAUCGGCCUCUUCCAAUGCGGGUACAGACCCUCUGGGCUCCCUGUCAGUCCCAGCCGAAAGCGACCCACCAGACCAGGACAACUUCGGCUCCCUCUCCACCGACAUGUCCUCCAAGAGGUCAUUCAGGAAAAGCAGCUCUGACAUCCAGGAUCUGCGGCACCGAGAUGGGGACGACGAGGAGGAAGACCCGGUGCAAUCUCGCAGGAGGCCCGGCAGGAGAAACACGCCGUACUGGUACUUCUUACAGUGCAAGAAGCUGAUCAAGGAGGGCAAGCUGCAGGAGGCUUUGGAUAUAUUCAGCAGAGACAUGCUGCAGGGGGAGAGGCUGCAGCCGGAGGAGUACAACUACACGGUCCUGAUAGGAGGCUGUGGUCGAGCUGGACAACUCAAGAAGGCCUUCAGACUCUACAAUGAUAUGAAGAAGCGAGGUCUAGAUGCCACAGAUGCUACCUACACUGCGCUGUUCAACGCCUGCGCUGAGUCGCCAUCCAAACAAGCCGGUCUCCAGCAAGCGCUGAAGUUGGAGCAAGAACUCCGUCGCAAAAACUACCCCCUGAGCACCAUCACAUACCACACCCUUCUCAAGACACACGCCUUUACCAACCACCUUCACGCCUGCAUUCACACGCUCAAGGAGAUGCUGCAAAAUGGUCAUACUGUAACUCAGGAGACGUUUCACUACCUGCUGAUGGGCUGUUUGAAGGACAAAGAAAAAGGAUUCAGACUGGCUUUACAGGUUUGGCGCCAGAUGCUGAGGUCAGGGCUUCAUCCAGACGCAAACAACUAUAACCUGCUCUUGCGAACUGCAAGGGAUUGUGGAAUUGGCGAUCCUGACCUGGCUACUGACCUGCUGCUGAGGCCUGAAAAGUAUGAGGCGGGACAUGUGUCACAUGUGAAGUCAGAGUCUGGACGUAAGGACGUAAUAGACAUUGACCUUCUGGAGAGGCAGUUGUUUAUCCAACCUGAUCCACUCAGUGAUAGUCAGCAGGACAACAGAGACAGUGAGGACGAGUCCUACAGCAAAGAAGACUCAACCCAUUUGAUACCAGUCAGACAAACUGUCUCGCUGCCUGCUGAUUUAGCAGAUUAUUGUUCAGCCCCUAACCUACUGGACCUUUUUGAGGGUAAGAGGAGUGGUGUUAUCUCCCUCGGCUCUGUGAAUGGGGCAUCAGAUAGGCUCGCCCUCAUUGGAGGAGCUAAAGGUUGCCUGGAGAAGAUGGAAGCCAGCAGACUCAGUCCAGACCUCAGAACUCUGACCCUACUGGCCGACAUGAUGGAGCCGGGCUACCAGUCUCUGCAGGUGCUGCUGAAGGUUGCCAAGCAGCAUAAAGUGAAGCUUGACGUUGCCUUCUUUAACUCUGCAAUUCGCAGAGCAGCCAGAGCUGGUGACCAAGAAGGGGCAAUGGCUGUGUUGAGUGUGAUGCGACAGCGCAAUGUAAACGUGAAUGUGCAGACAUUUGGAUGCCUCGCGUUAGGCUGUGAACGACUGAGCGACGGACUGCAGCUGCUGAAAGACAUGGAGGAGGCGGGACUUAAGCCUACCGUCCACGUGUUCUCUGCUCUAAUUGGCCGAGCAACUCGAAGACUGGAUUACGCCUACCUUAAAACAAUACUCCAAAGCAUGAGCAGCAUGGAGGUGUGGCCUAAUGAGGUCAUCAUCAGACAGCUGGAGUUUGCGUCACAGUAUCCUCCCAGCUAUAACCAGUACAAGUCCAGAAACAACUACCUGGUCCAAAUCGAUGGUUUCCGUGGUUACUACCAGCAGUGGCUGAGAGAGAUGCCUGCUCAGAGCGUUGAGGAUGAGGAGGCGGAGCUGCAGUCGAAGACGGACUCUGCAGUGAUGAAAACAGAAGCUGCAGAUGCACUGACAGAGGCCCAAAGGAACCAGAGAACAGCAGCCACGAGAUUUAAUUCUCAUAAAAAGGACAAGAAGAGCAGGGCUGCUCUGUAACUGCACUCCUGAAAGUGUGAUUUUGCUCCUUGAUCCUCUGUUGGUCUGUUUGCAUUCAGCUGUGUAACACUGGAUGGGCUUUGAGUCAAAGUAGUGGCUCAUGGACCUUCCCUUAGCUCAAAAGAUCAGUGUAAUUGUAAUUUAUAAUGCAACUGAAAUAAAAUGUAAGUUUUAGUACAUGAUUGUUGAGACAUUUAACCUCAUCUGGUAUUAUAUUUUAUUUUGAAAGCAUCCAUUUUAGGUUAAUUUACUAAGUGGACAAUGGCCUUCACAGGCUGCAAGUGUAAUAAUGCACAAUCACACGAAAUAUGCUCAUUUUGUGUUUUGUUGGCAACGAGGUGUAUCUGUUCAUGUUUUUAAAGUAAU